AUGGAAAAUCAACUCCUCAAUAGAUAUGAUCCGGUGUCGCAAUUUUGUGUUUCCUUCAUUGUAAUUAACACUGUUCAAAUUGGGAUCCAAAGAGUUAUUGAAGCUUGGAAUGCUCAUCCCAUAGAAGGUUUGUUGCUUUACUCAACUUGAACUUUCAGAAUAAUUAAAGGGCAUUGGCAACUUAUUGCUUUAUUUGAAAGAGCAUGAAAAAAUAAGCCGAUUGGCCGUUUAUACUGUUCAAAAAUUUUCCAAAUACAGCACAACGUGUGACGUCAUUGGAUGGGUAAGUAUGUUUAUUGAAUACUAAACUGAAGCAUAGCUCAGUUAUUAUGAGCUGAAGUCAAAUGAAAUUUUGCAUACAAAUAGUACAUGAUGAGACGCAUUGAAAAACCCUUCAAGUUUUGUUGCCAAGGUAACACUGUCGUUCCCAGGCCCCUUGCACGAAUUUUAUAAAACAGCUUUACUCUUGGUACUGAUUAGGAUAACAUAAUAUCAGAAGUGUGUGUACUAUAACUAUGCAUGACAGAAGUUUACUUGAAUGAUAAUAAUUCGAAAAUGACGCCCACAUAGAUAAAUGUAACUAGUUAUAAAAAAUUCGUAUAAGGGACUUGGGAAUGACAGUGUUACAUUGACAACAAAAUUAGAAGUGUUUUUCAAUGCGUCUCAUAAUGUGCUAUCUUUGAGGGAAAUUUCAUUUGAUUUGAGCUCGUAAUAACUGAGCUAUGCUUCAGUUAUGUAUUCAAUAAACAUACUUACCCAUCCAAUGACGUCACAAGUUGUGCUGAAUCAGCAAUUUUUAUUUUUGCGUAUAACUUUGCAACUAGAUGAGAUAGAAUAGUAAAUGGCCAAUCGGCUUAUUUUUCAUGCUCUUUCAAAUCAAGCAAUAAACAUUUUCGUUGCCAAUGUCCUUUAAUGAAGACUUUUUAACAACUUUUCGUAUCUUGCUUGAUUUUGAAAAUAUUUCUGUCGUGAAUGGCCUCCUACAUAUCCACAACACUCACAAAUUAUAGUUUUAAAUCUCGCUCAGAAACCUUGCUCGCUUUUUUCACAACAACAAUGUCCUCAAAAAUGCAAACGCAUGCGUUUUGAUUGAUCGACACGUUCAGGUUUGCAUACUAUUUAGUAGGUUAAUAUUAAACUAGUUUGAUAAUCUCCAACAAUUUCGACUGAUUUGAAAUAGUGAUUCUUAGCCUUAUAUAUAAAAGUAACUUUUAAGUCUAAAAUUGUUUGAAUUGUGUUUGAUCAUUUCUAAGUUUGAUUUAGCAACCAGCGACAAAGGUUUGGGCUACUGUUGACCACUGGCUGUAAAUAUUAAAAAUUUGCGUAACCCCACUCGUGACGUAGACAGAUAGUUUUAUGACCCCAUCAGCUAUUCUGCAAUUAGUUAAUUGUGAUUAAAUAAAUGUACUACUACCACCACGACCACCACCACCACUAGUACUAUGGGUGACUUCCUAUUUAGAGUGUAAAACUCGGGAAAUUUGGAAUUCUACUUUUUAAAUGUAUAUCACAAAAACCUCAUCCAAUAAUAUUGCUUAAUCAUGUCGGUGUGAAAUACAAGUGUCCCGUGUGUGAGUACUAAUCGUUUAAUUAUUGUUCUAGGUCGAAACUAUAAAAUUCCUAAUGUAGUAGCUGAAAGAACAUCUAGGGUUCGCUCUGUUGACGUGACAUUAAUACCGAAUGUUGAUGAAGCAGUGCAGAUGUACACUGAUGCCGGAGGAACGAUUACCCAAGAAUGUUCCUUUGGAAUUGACCCGUUAGCAGCUCAUCAAAACCUUAAAAACAGGCGAGAAGCGCACUUUUCUCAGAUGAUUGGAUCAUUCACUGGUGUUUACAAUAACGUCAUUAGUGGAGAUGGAUCACUUCUUCAAAUUGCUAUUUUUUAA